UAGGGAAAGGAACCUUGUUUGGAUGAUCAUAGAAACCCGCUUCACUGUGCACACCUAUCAUUUCCUCAAUCAUUUGCAGAUUAAGACCCUGGGCCUCACAAACUCUAUUUAAAGGGCCUGGAGGCUCUCAAGACAUGGCCAGACACUUCAUCUUCUAUUUCAUCCUGCUGACUGCGCUGAUUGACAGAGCACAAUGUUGCUUCUGUGAUCACUACCCAUGGACUCAGUGGUCCAGUUGCUCAAAAACCUGCAAUUCUGGAACCCAGAGAAGGCAGAGACAAAUAGUAGUAAAUAAUUACUAUUGGGAUAACUCAUGUGACCAGCUUUGUACUAAAGAGGAGACCAGGCUAUGUAACUUGCAAACAUGUCCUAUCAACUGCCUCUUGGGAGAUUAUGGGCCGUGGUCAGACUGUGACCCAUGUAUUCAAAAACAGACUAAAGUUAGAUCUGUCUUGCGUCCUAGUCAAUUUGAGGGACAACCAUGUACAGAGCCCCUGGUGACCUUCCAACCAUGCAUUCCAUCUAAGCUCUGCCAAAUUGAAGAGACUGACUGCAAGAAUAAAUUCCGCUGUGACAGUGGGCGAUGUAUUGCCAGCAAGUUAGAAUGCAAUGGAGAAAAUGACUGUGGAGAUAAUUCAGAUGAAAGGGACUGUGGAAUAACAAAGGCGGUAUGCCCACGGAAGUAUAAUCCCAUCCCCAGUGUAGAGUUGAUGGGCGCUGGGUUUCACUUUCUGGCAGGAGAGCCCAGAGGAGAAGUCCUUGAUAACUCUUUCACUGGAGGAAUAUGUAAGACUGUCAAAAGCAGUAGAGCAAGUAAUCCAUACCGUGUUCCGGCCAAUCUGGAAAGUGUCAACUUUAAGGUACAAACUGAAGAAGAUGAUCUGAAGACCGAUUUCCACAGGGAUUUAAUUGAUUUUGAAAAAAAUGAAAAACGACAAGCCUCAUCAUCAGGGGCAAAGGAGAAUUCUUUUUACGUACCAAUUUUUUAUUCCUCACAAAAAAGUAAAAAUGUCCAACAUAACUCAGGCUUCAAACAAGCCAUUCAGGCCUCCAAAACAAAGGAUUCUAGUUUCGUUAGGAUCCAUAAAGUGAUAAAGGUCUUAAACUUCACAAUGAAAGCAGAGGAUCUGCAGCUUUCUGACGUCUUUUUGAAAGCCCUUAACCAUCUGCCUUUAGAAUACAACUCUGCUCUAUACAGCCAGAUAUUUGAGAACUUUGGUACACACUACUUCACCUCUGGCUCCCUGGGAGGUGUGUAUGACCUUCUCUACCAGUUUAGCCGUGAAGAGCUGAAGAACUCAGGGUUAACAGAGGAAGAAAUCCGAAACUGUAUCUAUAUUGAAAAGAAGAAGCGUAUUCUUUUUGUUAAGAAAACAAAAGUAGAGAAGAAAUGUACUACUAACAAGCUGUCAGAAAGAUAUGAAGGUUCAUUUUUGCAGGGAGCAGAAAAGUCCAUAUCUUUGGUCCGAGGUGGAAGGAGCAAGUAUUCAGCAGCUUUGGCCUGGGAGAAAGGGACCUCAGGUCCAGAGGAAAAAGUAUUUUCUGAGUGGUUGGAAUCAGUGAAGGAAAAUCCUGUUGUGAUUGACUUUGAGCUUGCUCCCAUCACGGACUUAGUAAGAAACAUUCCCUGUGCAGUGACUAAACGGAACAACCUCAGGAAAGCUUUUCAAGAAUACACAGCCAAGUUUGACCCUUGCCAGUGUGCUCCAUGCCCUAAUAAUGGCCGUCCCGUGCUCUCAGGGACCGAAUGUCUGUGUGUGUGUCGGAGUGGCACCUAUGGCAAGAACUGUGAGAUACGGUCUCCAGAUUAUAAAUCUAGUGCAGUGGAUGGAAACUGGGGCUGCUGGUCUUCCUGGAGCAUGUGCAAUCCCACUUAUAAGAGAUCAAGAACCCGAGAGUGCAAUAACCCUGCUCCUCAGCAGGGAGGAAGGGGCUGCGAGGGAGAGGGGCGUCAAGAGGAGGACUGCACAUUUUCAAUAAUGGAAAAUAUUGGGCAGCCGUGUAUCAGCGAUGAUGAAGAAAUUAAAGAGGUCGAUCUUCCUGAGCUAGAAGUAGACUCUGGAUGUCGUCAGCCAGUUCUUCCAGAAAAUGGAUUUAUCUGGAAUGAAAAGAAACUGUACUCAGUUGGGGAAGAAGUUGAGAUUUCAUGCCUUACUGGAUUCAGAGCUGUUGGAUACCAGUACUUCAGAUGCUUACCAGAUGGGACCUGGAGUCAAGGAGAUAUAGAAUGCCAACGGGUAGAGUGUCUCAAGCCAGCUGUCCAAGAAGGCCUGACGCUUACACCAUUCCAGAGAACAUAUAAAAUUGGGGAAUCCAUUGAGCUAACCUGCCCCAAAGGUUUUGUGCUUGCUGGGCCAUCACGGUACACAUGCCAGGGGGAUUCUUGGACACCACCCAUUUCAAACUCACUCACCUGUGAAAAAGAUAUUCUGACAAAAUUAAAAGGGCAUUGUCAGCCAGGUCAAAAACAGUCAGGAUCUGAAUGCAUUUGUAUGUCUCCCGAAGAAGACUGUGGUCAUUACUCAGAAGAUAUCUGUGUGUUUGAUAUGGAUUCCAGCCAUUACUUGACUUCAUCUGCUUGUAAGUUUUUGGCGGAGAAAUGUUUAAAUGAUCAGAAACUCCAUUUCCUGCACAUUGGUACCUGCCAAGAGGGACCACAGUUAAAAUGGAGACUUGAAAGGAUAAAACUUGCAUCCAAUAGCACAAAGAAGGAAAGUCACACUGUCUCUCUCCCUCUCUCUCUCAUCGUAGCUUCCACUUCCAGUUGUGUCUGCCUCUUGCCCCCCAAGUGCUUCAAGGGUGGAAACCAACUCUACUGUAUCAAAAUUGGAUCCUCAACACGCGAGAAAACAGCGAACAUCUGUGAAGUGGGAGCCGUGAGGUGUGCAGACAGGAAGGUGGAAAUACUGCACCCUGGGAGGUGCUUGGCCUAGCACUGUUACUUUCAGAUUUGUAUAUAAACAUAAGCCCUAAAAAAGACAUGUUCACAUGGCCAGAAGUUACUGCAAAAUUCUUAUGUGUUAGUUUUAUAUCAUAAAUCGCCUCUAAUUCUCCUGUUUUAGCCUCCUCUAUUAUGUUCCAAUCUAUGUCACCCUAGAGUGUACCCCUGAGUUAUAUUUCCACAUCCAUCUAACAAAUUCUUUUGUUCGGGUUACUUAAAAAUAAUUGAUUUUCUGAGGAUCCUAUGAAACGAAGCAUCCUCACAAUUAAAAUAAGAACAAAAAUCAUGAUUUUCAUUUUGAUGAAUUAAUAAACAUUGAAAUCUACAGAACCUGUAAAACACAUUCUGGAAAACUAAGAACAUCCACAUAUUCAUUUAGCAAAUAACUUUUGAGUGACUGCAUUGUACCAAAUACUGGUCAAGGUCUGGGGGAAUCAGCAUUAUGUAGACAAAACUCCUCCCUACAUACGACUCACCUUCACAUGGAUUUAGAAAUAUCAAAAACAAAACAAGCAUGUAAAAUGUGUAGUAAGUUUGAUGUUGAACAUUACUGUGAAGGGAACAAAGCAGGCAAGAGUGGAUCCCAUUCUUAAGCCUCAUCUUGGUCAAGGAAUAUUCCAUAGCAGUAAACAUCACUUUAAGCAAGAUUGGACUCAAGUGGAAAUCACCUUGUUGAAAGUAGUUAAAAAUAAACUUCUGGAGUUUCAUUCUUGAGGCAGGAUAAAAGAGAUUCUCUUUGCUCCAGCUAAAAUGUAUCACAAAGCUUUUAAGCUAAAGUAUCUGAAAAUUGCAAAUAAGCAAAGAAAAUUGUCAGAGAAUUUUGAAGGAAUAAUUUUUUAAGUAAGUCAAAUCAUUUUAUUCAGCCACAUGAAGUAGACACUUGUUUCUUAGAAAAGUCAGGGUGUCGUUUUGAAUGGGGAAAGAGAGGCAUCGUUAGAACAGCAGUUCUCAAAUAUCAGGGUGCUUCAGAACCACCUAGAGGGUGCGUUAACACAUAUUCUGUGGGCUUGCUUCUGAUUUCUGAUCAGCAAGUCUGAAUUGGGGCAUGAGAACUGGUAUUUCUAACAGCAUCACAGGCGGUACUGCUGAUGGCCAUCAGGCAGUCACAUUUUGCAAACCUCUGGUUUAGAGAUGAGCCACCAAACAGCUGACCCUGAGUUUAUAACUGAUCUCAAAACCUCAGCCAGUCAACAUCCACCCAGAGUGAGUGGAAGCUGCCUUCCUCCUUCUACCACUCCCUGAAAUUCCCCACCGUGUGGAAGACAUUCUUUUGUUUGGAGACGCGGCACUCCAUUUUCUGCCUCCACCAUCACACAGCCUCUUUGCCAUCUUUCUUCUGUGAAUGGCGGCCCAAAUUCCAUUGCCUUAUAAGUACAUUAAUCAUAUUGGAUUAGACCCACUCUGAUGACCUUGUCUUAACUUUAUUGCAUCUUCAAAGACCCUAUUCUAAAAUAAGGUCAAAUUUACAGGUCCCAGGGGUAAUGACUUCAGCGUACUUUGUGGGGGGAGAUGCUAUUCAACUCUUAUCACUGAGACUGGGAACAAAAAUAAUUCCUGUUUACAGCCCCUCAUAUAAUCCAAGGGUUAUACCAGCAAUUACAUUCAUAUUGUUUGAUUAAAAUAGUCACACUUG